AUGGCGGCCACGGCGCCCAGUGGACGAAGGCAGAGGUUGCUGGCAGUAUUGGUGUUGGUCGUUGCGGCCUGUUUGUGGAGAUGGGCGGGCGACAGCUUCGUUGCUCCAAAGAUCGGCGCCGAGACCGGGAGGAGCCCGCCGCCACGAGGUCCCGUUCGCGUGGCCCGUUUCGCAGGCGACAGCGCCGCCGAGGACUCCGUAGAGAUCUCCGGGUUCUCCGGAUUCGUGGUUGGCCUCGCAUUUCUGCCACACACAUGCUACGCCCUCCUGACGGCCGUGAGCCUUGUGAGGGGGGAGAGCUUCCCCUUCUUCGGCUUCGAGCUUCUUUCGAGCGUGGUGUCACUUGGUUUGGUGGCCUGGUCGUUGGGCAGCUUUCUUCAGCGUGGUCGAGGACUGCCCGCUGGACCCCUCGGCUUGCUGGGUCUCUCAGAGGGGCUCUCCUACCUGGUUGCCUUGGCCCUCCUCGCAGCCACGGCCGCAGCCGGAGUGCGAGCAGGACCUUCGCUGCCCAGCCUGAGCGUGCCCAAUGUCAGCAUACCGAAAGUGAGCCUUCCAACGUCGCUUCCAAAGGGCCUGGACGCGCCUUCCUUGAAGGUGCCUGAUGUGAAGCUGCCAGACUUCAAAGCAAAGCUGCCGGACGUGAAAGUGCCCGAUUUCAAAGUGCCGGACAUCAAGGUUCCAGACGUCAAGGUGCCAGAUGUCAAGAUCCCGGAUGUCAAGGUGCCGAAACUCCCAGAGGUGAAGGUUCCAGACGUGAAGUUGCCGAGCAAGGAGGAGAAGAAAGAGGCACCCGCGCCUCCUGCGCCUCCUGCACCUGCUGCCCCCAAGAAAGCCGAGGUUAAACCCUCCUCGGAGGACCUCUUUGCCUAA